AAAUUAAUUGUUAGAUUUCCCCCAUGCUCAAAUCUGGCCUGCAGAGGAAAUACAGUUAAUUUUGUAUUGUUUGUUUUUGAAUCUGCUGAGACAAUAAACUUUGUGCAAAAGAAAUGUGUUAAAAAUGAGUGGCCAUGUGAAAAGGUGACAUCUUUCAGGAAGUUGCUUUCAAAUGAGCUACAUUGCUGGUACGAGCAGCUCUUCAGAACUGCAUGGGUGUCUCUGGAGUGCACAUCUCUUCUCUUAUCAACUUAUCUUCUCUUCACCAUGAUAAACACCUUUCACACUGCUUACAAUCCCCCACCAGUGCCUCCUCGGGCAGGAUACAGCAGACCCCAGCCGCCAGGCAACACACCUUUAGUCAAGUUUUUGUCUGUGAUGCUACUGCUUUUAAUUAUACUGACCUUCGGAGGAUUCCUCUACCUGUUCCAGAAACUAAACGUGCAUCAGGAGAAAUACAAUGAAGACAUGGCGAUCCUACAAAGACUACAGGGUUCAGAAGCAACUGAAAAAGUGGCUAGGUUAACUGGAGCGGCAUCUUUCAAAGGACCAGCAGCACACAUGAUUCUUCAGAAUGAACAUACAGCUAAAUCCACAGGUGAGAGAUUAUCAAAUAAACUUCACUGGGACCUAGACCACUCAUUCCUACAGGAUGUCCGGCUCAGCAGUACAAGGGAUACGUUGACCAUUCAAUACCCCGGAAUCUAUUUCAUCUAUUCUCAAGUUACCUUCUCCAAACACUCUGACAGUGCAUUAAAACAAGCUAUAAAGAGCAAAGUACCUCAGGAAAGAAAAAAGGAAGACAAGGAGAUACUCAGGUCUUUUUGCAGCUUGAACACAAACAAUUCACAUUUGUGUACUGCCUCACUGUCAGGGGUGUUUCGGCUAAAGAAAGACCAACAGCUCUAUGUUACAGUAACAAACACAUCAUUGGUGAAUAGAGACUCCUGCAGCUUUGGAUUAUUCAAAUUACAGUAAUGAACACUCUGGAAUUGAACUGGUCAAGAGAUGGAUGAUAUGAGACUUUCAGGGGAUUGACUGGAUCAAAGAGGCACUAUAAUUUAACAUGGAUAAUUAUUACUCAGUGUUAUAAAGACAUGAACCUGAGAUCAUUUCCAGUGAAAACCUCUUCUCAAUGAUACCAUCACACCACAAUCCAAAUUCAGAACAAGCUAGGAAAUCUUGAAAAUCUUACAGGAAUUGGGGACAAUAUUUCAGCUGUAUUAUUCAUUGCAAAUUAUACCCUGAUGAAUACCAGGAAUGUUUUACAACCAUGAAUGCUAGAGUUUGUUGUCAAUUAUUUAUUGCUUCUUUAAUAUUCCUUCUCAUCGUUUGCUCUUCUUAUCUUUUCUGAUUUUCUUUUUAAUAACAAUAUUAAUAAUAAAGUAUUGACCAUAUUUAUUCAGGUAUACCCCAGACAAAAUUAUUGACUUUUGAUUUUUACUUUUAGUACUUGUUUUAAACUCCAGUCCUCUGAACAUACUAAUCUAUGCACUGUACUCAAUUAAAUAGCUACAUUUGAGAUUUUAAGUAUCAGUUACUUCCCAAAGUUCUUGUAUUAUAAACUUUGAUUACAAACUGUAAUCUGUCCCUGCAAAAAAGAGAUGACAACGCAUAGGGUACAACUGGGCUAAAGGCACACCUAAAGGAAAAUUGGCUUUUUUUCUGGUCACAAUGUGUAUCAAGAUUGAAAUAAUAAGUUUGUUUUUAUUGAAUAUGGAUGGAUCAGCAUAAUUUGUGUGAAAAGAAAUAACGGAAGGUUGUUUUGAUUAUUUUUUUUAUUUGUAAGGUGGCGAGGGAGCCUUUUACCCCAAGUAAAAGGCCCCCAGGGGGGUUAAAGUGGUAUCUUGUAAAUAUUGGGACAGUAGUUAUAGGGCAAAAUUUGUCAACUUAGGCAAAUACUUUUGAGACAGUAAGAUGCUUUUUUGAGCAACAUAUUAAGAUAAUGCUUAUUCAAAAUAGCAACUUCAGAAAAAGGGCACAAAUUCCUUUUAAUUUCAAACAUAUUUAUCAUUUCUUAACAUCUCAAAUAUUCUUUAAACAAAUGAAUCUCCAUUGUGACUGGAUCAGACAAUGUGUCUGUGAGGAGGAGGUGGGCGUGAUGAUGCACGCCUGGCGCGGAGUUGUCUAUUCAGCGGGUGAGAGAUACGGAGGGGCCCGGACAGCCGCACGUGUUGUGAUGCAAAGCACUUUUAUGUUAUGUUUGAGUUGUUCUGUCAUUAAAGUUUACGCUGCUGUUCAGCCGGUUCACGCCUCCUCCUUGCCCAUGCUGUGAAACUCGUUACAGUGACUUUGAAUUUUUUUUCAUAAAAAAUCUAUUUCCUUUGUUAAGAAAAAUAUGGGGGCCUUUAGCACCUGCAACAGAGGGGCUUUCUACCACAAAUACUACUCUUUCAAUUACUGGACAGUUAUUGAAAAACUUUUUAUUAAAUCACAUUGAACAUAACGGAAAAUAUUAAGUACUUUAAAUAAAUGUGAUAAUUUCACGGAUUCCAAUUAGCUACAUACAUUUGCAAAAUGUUUAAUUUGAUUAAUUAUUAGAUCAAAUUACCUCAAAAUCAAACUUUAGACAUUGCACACAAUGAUCUCAGGAGUCAUGCGUAUUUUGCAGUGUAAAGUGACAAACAGGUUUUUGAGAAAGUGAUGUUGUAGUUUUUUGUUGCUGUU